UAGCGUGCUGCUCAUGGAAAGGGAGGCAGGGGUAGGAACCAGCGCCAGGAAAGGCUGAUAAGAGAAAACCUAGGUUCAUCUAGGCUGGGGUGGAGGAAGCUGAAGAUCUAGGCUGGGCAUGGGAUGCAGAUGCAGAUGCGGAUGCAGAUGGAACUCCGGCUCCAGCUCUGACAGUCUCUGGGUCCCAAGUGGAGAGACAGGAGCCAAGUGGUAUCUGAAGCAUGGGUGGGGCCUGAACGAGUUCUAGACCACCACCUGCCAGGCCUGGGCCUCGUGAGGAGGACGCUACCCGGGGCAAUGUGGGUCAGGCAGGGCGGGCCCCAGCGCCGGCCUGAGUGGCUGACCCGAGCGGGAUGACUAAAUCAGCCUUUGCCGAGGCGCGGCGAAGUGGGAGUGCGCCAAGUUAUGAAACACUGAUUGCUCGGCCAGAGCAUCUGGGGUCGCGCCGGUGCCAGGAGGGGCGCGGAUAAAAGGGGAUGUGCAGCACCAGGACCGCUUUCUCCGCGCUCUGCCUGCAGUGCCCCUGGGGGUGGCUAGCCGUCGGGGCGACAGGAGGGCUCCCGGGCAUCCGGUGCGCAGACUCUGGGCAGGCAGGCAGAUACAUCCCGGCGCUGGGCGGACGCAGCUGCUCUCCGGGACUCUGAAGUUUGGGGGGAGACUGGCUCCGCCAGGACUCCAGCGAGCUGAGAAAGACCCACGACCUGGUAUGGCGACCGCGGCGUGCGAGCCUGUGGCGAGGCCCAGCCUGACCUCCAUCUCGUCGGGGGAGCUGCGCAGCCUGUGGACCUGCGACUGCGAGCUGGCCUUGCUGCCGCUGGCGCAGCUGCUUCGCCUGCAGCCCAGCGCCUUCCAGCUGCGCGGGGAGCUGCUCGUGGUUCCCGGGCCGGGGGGACCCGCGGCCGCGCGUGGCGGCUUUAACAUCUUUUGUGAUGGCCUCGUGCGCCUCGACGGCCAGCUCUAUCGCCUCAGCAGUUACAUCAAGAGAUAUGUGGAACUGACCAAUUACUGUGAUUAUAAAGACUACAGGGAAACUAUAUUGAGCAAACCAAUGGUAUUCUUUAUUAACGUACACACCAAAAAGGACUCCUCAAAAGAAAGGACAUAUGCAUUUCUUGUAAACACAAGGCAUCCCAAGAUACGAAGACAGAUAGAGCAAGGGAUGGACAUGGUCAUAUCCUCAGUGAUUGGAGAAAGCUACCGACUUGAGUUUGAUUUCCAAGAUGUAGUGAAGAAAUUUUUCCCUCCAGGAACUCAAGUGAUGAAUGGAGAAAAUUUGAGCUUUGCCUAUGAAUUCAAAGCUGACGCCCUAUUUGAUUUCUUCUAUUGGUUUGGGCUCAGCAAUUCCACUGUAAAAGUAGAUGGAAAGGUUCUGAACUUGUCAAGCACAAAUCCAGAAAAGAAAGAGACAAUUAAGUUAUUUCUGGAAAAAAUGAGUGAACCUUUAAUCCGAAGGAGCAGUUUCUCUGACCGGAAAUUCAGUGUCACAUCUAGAGGUUCAAUAGAUGACGUUUUUAACUGCAAUCUGUCACCCAGAUCGUCACUGACAGAGCCGCCUUUGGCAGAAUUACAAUUUCCAAGUGUUCUGGAAUCUGAAGAGACACCCAGCCAAUUUGUCUGAUUGGACUGAACAUUCUAGCUAUUUCUCUUUGACUCCAGGCCUGUGGCAGACAGCUGGUUGAGGGGGUGAGAGGAGGUAGGAGUCAGGUAGUUCCACCCCCUUGCCAUCCCUUGUUCUUGGCUCUACAGAGAGCUCCUGUCUUCCAUUUCCCUGGAUGUGGUGCCGUGGCAGGUCCAGGGAGGCUAGCUUACAUUAAGGCUAUGGUUUCUAGAAUGGAAGGACUUUGACCCUAUGGCAUAGGAGUGGGGUGUCUUUGACUUUGAAUAUUUUCCCAAGGAGUCUGAGGUAUCCUUGGGAGCUUCCUUGGAAACCUCUGUGGGAGACAUCUGACUUGGAUGUCAACCCAUGAUUCUUCAUGUAUCACAGUGUGGCCUUCAGCUUAGGACUUACAUGUCUGUUCUCAGUCCCAGCAAGCCUGGGGUUAAUCUCUUCUCUUGCUAGGUAAAGCCUAUACCAUCUUUCACUGGUGCACAAGUAAGGUUUCAUCCUGCCUGUGUGAAAACUGAAGGGAAGCAUUCAAGGUACAGUUUGCUGAAGGAUCUGAUCCCUAUCAUCCACUGCCUGACAUGCAGAGCCAGGUGGUACUGUACCAACCAGUGGCAGGGCAGUGUGCUCCUCACUGCAGGCACACUAUGCCAGCUGGGCAUCUGAAAUAAGCUUUUAGCAGUCUUCACAUAAAAAGUCCAAGACAGCUGUAUCAUUACCACAGUGCAUUGAUUCAUCGAUGCACUUUUCAUCUCAAAGCUGCAAUAGAAUUCUUCAGAAGGAAAGAAAAUGAUCCUAUCUACACGUAAAAGUUUGCAUGAGUGGCCAGACAUGGAAUACACCUGUUAUCCUAGCACUCUGGAGGAAGAGGUAAUGGAAUCAGGAGUUGGAAACCAGCCUGGGAUGUCAACAUAGAAAACUGUCUCCUAAAAACAAAAUCUUUUGCAUUAAUGAAUUGCUGCAUGUGCUCAUAAGGAGAAAGAUUUAUGGGUUCUGCAAAUCAUUUUUCUGUCCUUUAAAAAAGUGUAACUUUAUUACAUGUUUUGAUAACACUCCUGGUGACCUGCCACUUAUAUUUGAAAUGUUACAUAGUACAUUUGCUCAAUUAAAGCUUUUCUUAACAUCCAA